CUUGUGAUCAAGGGCCUGGUCUCCCCUCAAGACACAGUCACAGAUCAGAGGCCACACCAUCAUAGCAGUGGAGCAGGACCAGCUGGGACAGGGUCCUUCUGUGACACCUGCUGCAUCACCAGGCUGGAUGAACGGACUCAAUUGACAGAACUCACAGAAUAGCAGUGUCAGCACCGAAACCUCACAGGAAAAAUGAAGACAUUUUCUUUCUCUUCUGAGUAACUGAAAUAAAAUCUGGCCUUUGUGAAACCCUGGAAAUACCACGACCCUCAACUAGAAACACCAAUACCAGCUCCUCCGCGAGUUUCCAGCUCCACAACCUAAGACAUCAGAGGCAGCAUUGGUUCCUCACGUAGAGUCCAGCUACGGGACCCUCAUAUUUGAACGGCAGGGCCAUCUCAUCCCUGGAUCUCCAGCUGCACCACACUCAAAUUAGAACAACAUCAGCUCCUCCCCAGGUCUCCACCUGCACAGCCCUCGAAUGGGAACGUCAGCUCCUCCCCGGGUCUCCAGCUGCAGGGCCCUAAAACUAGAACAUCAGCUCCUGCCUGGGUCACCAGCAGCACCACCCUCAAACUGGAACAUCAGAUCCCCAAGGGUCUCCAGCUGCAGGGCCCUCAAACUGGAACAUCAGCUCCCCACCAGAUCUCCAGCUGCAUGGACCUCAAACUGGAACAUCAGCUCCCCGCCGGGUCUCCAGCUGCACUGCCUGCAAACUGGAACAUGAGCUCCCUACCGGGUCUCCAGCUGCAUGGCCCUCAAACUGGAACAUCAGCUCCCCACCAGAUCGCCGGCCGCACGGCCCUCAAACUGGAAUAUCAGCUCCACCCCAGGGCUCCAGGUGCACAGCCCUCAACCUGCAACAUCAGCUCCCCACCGGGUCUCCAGAUGCACAGCCCUCAACCUGCAACAUCAGCUCCCCACCGGGUCUCCAGAUGCUUGGCCCUCAAACUGGAAUAUCGGCUCCCCACCGGGUAUCCAGCUGCAUGGCCUUAAACUGGAACAUCAGCUCCCAGGCCCUCAAACAGGAACAUCAGCUCCCCACAGGGUCUCCAGCUGCACAGCCCUCAAAUUGCAACAUCAGUUCCCCGCUGGGUCUCCAGCUGCACCGCCUCAAACUGCAACAUCAGCUCCCCGCUGGGUCUCCAGCAGCACGGCCCUCAACCUGGAACAUCCGCUCCCCCUAACCCGGGUCUCCAGCUCCACAGCCCUCAACCUGCAACACUGGCUACCCACUGGGUCUCCAGAUGCACGGCCCUCAAACUGCAACAUCAGCUCCACCCCCGGUAUCCAGCUGCACGGCCCUCAAACUGGAACAUCAGCUCCCUGCCGGGUCUCCAGGUGCACGGCCCUCAAAAUGGAACAUCAGCUCCCUGCCGGGUCUCCAGGUGCACGGCCCUCAAACUGGAACAUCAGCUCCCCGCCAGGUCUCCAGCUGCACGGCCCUCAUACUGGAACAUCAGCUCCCCACCAGAUCUCCAGCUGCACGGCUCUCAAACAGGAACAUCAGCUCCCCACAGGGUCUCCAGCUGCACGGCUCUCAAACAGGAACAUCAGCUCCCCACAGGGUCGCCAGCUGCACGGCCCUCAACCUGCAACACUGGCUCCCCACUGCGUCUCCAGAUGCGAGGCCCUCAAACUGCAACAUCAGUUCCCCCCGGGUCUCCAGCUACACCGCGUCAACCUGGAACAUCAGCUCCCUGCCAGGUCUCCAGCUUCACGGCCCUCAACCUGCAACACUGGCUCCCCACUGGGUCUCCAGAUGCACGGCCCUCAAACUGGAACAUCCGUUCACCGCCGGGUCUCCAGCUGCACGGCCCUCAAACUGGAACAUCAGCUCCCCGCCAGGUCUCCAGGUGCAUGGCCCUCAAAUUGGAACAUCAGCUCCCCGCCAGGUCUCCAGGUGCAUGGCCCUCAAACUGGAACAUCAGUUCACCGCCAGGUCUCCAGGAGCACGGGCCUCAAACUGGAACAUCAGCUCCCCGCAGGUCUCCAGGUGCAUGGCCCUCAAAUUGGAACAUCAGCUCCCCGCCAGGUCUCCAGCUGCAUGGCCCUCAAAUUGCAACAUCAGCUCCCAUCAGAGUCUCCAGCUGCAUGGCCAUCAAACUGGAACAUCAGCUCCCCCACGGGUCUCCAGCUGCACAGACCUCAAACUUGAACAUCAGCUCCCCGCCGGGUCAUCAACUGCAUGGCCCUCAAACUGGAACAUCAGCUCCACCCCUGGGUCUCCAGCAGCACAGCCCUACAACUGGAACAUCAGCUUCCCCCCAGGUCUCCAGCUGCACAGCCCUACAACCGGAACAUCAGCUCCCUGCCGGGUCUCCGGCUGCAUCGCCCUCAAACUGGAAUAUCAGCUCCCCGCUGGGUUCAAACUAUUCCAGUUUGAGGGCCGUGCAGCUGGAGACCCGGUGCACGGCCAUCAAACUGGAACACCAGCUCCCCAGCCCCCAAACCGGAACAUCAGCUCCCCCCAACCCGGGUCUCCAGCUCCACGACGCUCAACCUGCAACACUGGCUCCCCACGGGUUACCAGCUGCACGGCCCUCAAACCGGAACAUCAGCUCCCCGGCCCUCAAACUGGAACAUCAGCUCCCCGCCGGAUCUCCAGCUGCACAGCCGUCAACAUCAGCUCCUCCCCAAGUCCUCAGCUGCACAACCCUCAAGUUACAACAUCAGCUUCUCCCCAAGUCUUCAGCUGCGUGACCCUCAAUCUAGAACAUCAGUUCCUCUCUGGGUCUGCAGCUGCAAGACCCUCAAACUACUACAUCAGCUUCCCUCCAGGUCUCCAGUUCCGUGACCCUAAAUCUAGAACAUCAGCUCCUCCCUGA